GGACUUAUCUGACAAAGCCGGUCGAUUCAGGGUCUAGCGCUCAAACCAUUGACCCAUGAUCGAACUACCGGGUGUAUAGGAGAAAAAUGACCAGCAAUUACACGUUUAAACUUCUUACGGUGUGUGUACAUGACAGUUCUGAGUUCACUGUGUUUAGUGUUUAUUCCUAUGUGUAUCUGUUAUGUGAAGGAUAUGAUCACCUGCUAGUCACGACAAACUAAUUCUGGAAGUAGGAAAAUCGAUCAAUUCUUCUGGAAUGGAUAAUUAGAAAGUGGAACCGGACCAUGUCGAAAUCCCGACUUAUGGGGGUGCUGAGCGCCUCUACAAUGGUCUAUAUACUGGCCACGUUAUCUAUACUCGUCCUGCUUAGCACUAUAUACGCUAACACACAUUUAAAUUCCUUACUUGACGUGUCCAGACGGUUACAUAUAUUUGUAUCCACGUACAUUGGAGAAAAUAAUAGGGACGUGUCAACAAUUUCUAUAAACAACUCUCACGUGGACGUAAUCAGCUUUCAGACAAGCACAGUACGUAUUCUACAAUCGACCCGAAACAGUGUAACAAACCACAAAACAACGGAAAUCCGACAAAUAAAGUUAACAAGUAAAGGCCCACCGCGCAGUACAGCUAGACCUAGUGAAUGUAAGGCCUGUUUUGAACACAGGUUUGACUUUAUUCUCAACAAUGUGGAUAUUUGUCAGUCUGGCAAUUCCUCCAUUAAAGUAAUUGUAUUGAUUGCUACGGUCCAUGUAAACACAGAGAAGAGAAAGGCCAUUCGAGAAACAUGGCUCAGUCAAUUCCGGGAAAACACCGGACAGGUGCGCUAUGCAUUCUUACUCGGAAUGACUUCUGAUAAAACUCUCCAAGUUGCCUUGGAAACGGAGAGCGCCACCUAUCGGGACAUCAUACAGGAAGACUUUGUAGAUAGUUACAAUAACCUGACUCUUAAAACGAUGAUGGCUUUUCGAUGGGCCACCACAUCUUGCCAAAAAGCCGAGUUUAUAAUGAAAACUGACGAUGAUAUGUUCGUAAAUCUCAACUCAUUGAUGGUUGUUGUGGAUAAACAUAAGAAUAUACUUCAGCGUUCUGUAGGAGGGUAUUGUGUUCAGUCAGCAAACCCUGUUAGGGACAAAGGGUCAAAGUGGUACGUCUCCUUAGCAAUGUAUCCCCACGCCAAAUACCAUGGUUACUGUUCUGGUACGGGCUACGUCACGAGCAUGGCGGUAGCCAAAAAAGUGUUCGACAUCUCUAAGCAUAUACCAUUCUUUCAUCUUGAGGAUAUCUAUGUUGGACUGUGUUUAAAUAAACUGGGGUUUUCUUUUACACGAAUACCCGGAUUUAACCCCCAUUUUAUACCUAUAUCCUGUGCUUAUAAAGGCCCAGGUAUUAUAACAUCCCACCAAGUGAGUCCACAGCAAUUGAGACAUGUAUGGAAUCUCAAAUGCUAAAGUGAUAUUUCUAGAACAGUUCCUAAAAGUGUCUCGUUGAAAGUUUGCUUUUAAUGUUAAAUAUUAUUCAAAGUAGCGGAAAAAUCAAAAUUUUCCAUUUAUUGUAGUAAUUAUGAGAAAUACAGUACUGUUUCAAUUAUACUGAGUAUUAAAAAUGUUAUGAUUUUGUUAA